UUCCCUCAGCCACGGAGACCCAACGCAGAAGGGAUACUGAGAAGCUGGAGGAGGAAGAGGAGGGUGACCAAAAUGGUGGCAGUCCUGGAACUUUGUUUGCUGCCUUCCUCAUGUCUGAGCGAGGGAGAAAGGUUGCCUUUGCCUCUGGAGGAAGGAGAGGAGGAGGAGGAGGCCAGGCCUCCAGGUGAGGCGAGAGGGCCUUCCCACCUCCUCCUCCUCCUCCUCCAGGUGCAGCUCCGUCUCGUCGUCGGCAGUGGAGCCAGGACUCAGGCCUGGCGCGGAGGAGGAUGGCGGCGUCGCAGCUGCUGUGCCUGGAGGAGGCCUUCUGUUCCUCGGCGGGCGAAGCCAGGCUGAGCGAGCACCACCCGCGCUUCUACUACAGCGAGGGCCGGCGCCGGGCCUUGGAGGCGCUGGCGGCCAAAGGCGAGAAGGCCUACCGGGAGCAGCUGAGGAAAGGGCAGCUCAGGGAGUUCCUCUCCAGCCGAGAGCUCCAGGCCUUGAAGGGCGCCUGGCGCGCUUACGAGGAAAAGGGCGGGAAGGCGGCCCCGAAGGAGCUUCUGGGCCCCUCGGGGAAGGCCCUGUCCCUGGCCUACUGGCCCGAGUGCUCCGACACCGAGGUGCCCGCGCUGGACCUGGGCUGGACCCACGGCGCCUUCUACCGCGGCCUGACCCGCCUGGCCCUCUUCACGCAGCCCCGCAAGGAGGACCAGGCCCCCCACGUCAAGCAGGUGGCCCGCGAGAUGCUCCAGCAGGCCCUCAAGGCUUCUAGGACGUUUGGGAAUUCCUGCUGGAUAGGAGGUUGAAAUGGAGGCUAAGCCCUGGAAAAGGAGGACACCCAGCCACCCUGGUCAUGACAGCUCUGGGGAGGAGACACCUCCAAGCACCCCCUGCCCAGGGGGACCAGAUGCCCCGGCUGCCCAUGCAAUGUAGGACACUGAGGGCCUGACCAAAGAUAAGCUAACAAACACACUCAUAUAUAUACAUGUUAAAAUCAUGCUCCCAAUGGAGGACGUUGUGGGAUUCCUCCUAGACAGAAAGUUGAGAAAGAGGAGGUCUGGUCACACUGGGGGCAGGUUGGGCAGAUGUCCUGACUGCCAAGGAGGACCAGGCACCAUGAAGUGUAGGACACUGGUGGGAAAAUGGAGAGCCAAGCCAAAUAAAAGCUAACAAACACACUCAUAUACAUGUUAAAUUCGUGCUUUUUAGUCAUGCUCCAAAUGGAGGCCAUUUGGGAAUACCUCCUGGAGAGAAUGUUGAAAUGGAGGCUAUGUCCUGGGAAAGGAGGGUGAGCUCAGGUUGCCACAUUGCUCCUGCCUUUUAAGAGAACUUCCUCCUCCUCCUCCUCUGUCUUUCUUUUUCCCUUUAAGGCAUUAACAGUGCCACCGGGAAGGACUUUAACUGAAGGCAGCCACCCUGUUUCUUCAGCCCAUUUGAAUGCUUCCCAACAGGUCAGAGCUGGCCAUAGCCUCCUGAAAGCGUCUGCUGCAAAUAAACCAGUAUUUUUAUUUGGACAGAGACUAGGGCUUGAUU